CAAACCGUCCGAAUGAGUAGAGGGAAAUCCUGACGCUCCACAACCCCUCAACUUGGCAACUUGGGCUUUCUCCAAAACCAAGAAAUUGGCGGUGCGGCUCUCCAUGACGUCAUACCACAGGGACUCCAAUCCCACGUGGGGGAGCUCUUGGUCCCGCCUCUCCUGAAAUGGUGCACCACGCCUUCUCUUUAUUACCAAUCCAAUGCCGCCCCUGAGCCCCUUUCUUCCUUUUCCCGCCAUCCCAGACCUCCCAUCUUGGCCUUCGGGCCCAAUCAGGGAGGCCCUACCUAUCCGAAACCCGCUGCCUUCCCCGCGGAAGAGGGGAGGAGUUUCAACCUUUUAACUCCACCUUGGUCUGUGCAGCGCGGACCAACCCAAAUCGCCAGAAAGGAGGGGCGUGGCUUGAAGUCCCCCACCUCCAUCCCGGGGAUCACGUUUUGCCACUGGAGGGGGGAGCUGAUCGCAGGACUAGGCAACCUCCAGCCAGUCCCUGGGUCGGGCGGAUCCUCCCAGAGGUGGCACAAUGGAGCGAUCUCCAGGAGAGGGCCCCAGCCCCAGCCCCAUGGACCAGCCUUCUGCUCCCUCCGACCCCACUGACCAGCCCCCCGCUGCUCACGCAAAGCUAGACCCAGGUUCUGGAGGCCAACCUGCUGGCCCUGGCGCGGCGGGUGAGGCCCUGGCGGUGCUGACUUCGUUCGGGAGGCGGUUGCUGGUGCUGAUACCGGUGUAUUUGGCCGGGGCAGUGGGACUCAGCGUGGGUUUCGUGCUCUUCGGCCUCGCCCUCUACCUGGGCUGGCGCCGGGUCCGCGACGAGAAAGAACGGAGCCUUCGAGCAGCGAGGCAGCUACUGGACGACGAGGAGCAGCUCACGGCGAAAACUCUUUAUAUGAGUCAUCGAGAGCUACCUGCCUGGGUCAGCUUCCCAGACGUGGAAAAGGCUGAAUGGCUCAAUAAGAUUGUGGCCCAGGUCUGGCCCUUCCUGGGCCAGUAUAUGGAGAAACUUCUGGCUGAGACUGUGGCUCCGGCUGUUAGGGGAUCUAACCCCCAUCUGCAAACAUUUACAUUUACACGAGUGGAACUGGGUGAAAAGCCAUUGCGCAUCAUUGGAGUCAAGGUUCACCCAGGUCAGAGAAAAGAGCAGAUCCUGCUGGACUUGAACAUCAGCUAUGUAGGUGAUGUGCAGAUUGAUGUAGAAGUGAAGAAAUACUUCUGCAAAGCAGGAGUCAAGGGCAUGCAGCUACAUGGUGUCUUGCGGGUGAUUCUGGAGCCACUCAUUGGGGACCUUCCCAUUGUGGGGGCUGUGUCAAUGUUCUUCAUCCGACGCCCGACCCUAGACAUCAACUGGACAGGGAUGACCAACCUGCUGGAUAUCCCAGGACUUAGCUCACUCUCUGACACCAUGAUCAUGGACUCCAUCGCUGCCUUCCUCGUGUUGCCCAAUCGAUUACUGGUGCCCCUUGUGCCUGACCUUCAAGAUGUGGCUCAGUUGCGUUCCCCUCUGCCCAGGGGCAUUAUUCGAAUUCACCUGCUGGCUGCUCGAGGGCUGAGUUCCAAGGACAAAUAUGUGAAGGGCCUGAUUGAGGGCAAGUCAGACCCGUACGCACUUGUGCGUUUGGGCACCCAGACAUUCUGCAGUCGUGUCAUUGAUGAAGAACUCAACCCACAGUGGGGAGAGACUUAUGAGGUGAUGGUACACGAGGUCCCAGGGCAGGAGAUUGAAGUGGAGGUGUUCGACAAGGAUCCAGAUAAAGAUGACUUUCUGGGCAGAAUGAAGCUGGAUGUAGGGAAGGUGUUACAGGCUGGUGUUCUGGAUGAUUGGUUCCCGCUACAAGGUGGGCAAGGCCAAGUUCACUUGAGGCUAGAAUGGCUGUCGCUUUUGUCAGAUGCAGAGAAACUGGAGCAGGUUCUACAGUGGAAUCGGGGAGUCUCCUCUCGACCAGAGCCCCCAUCAGCUGCCAUCUUAGUUGUCUACCUGGAUCGGGCCCAGGAUCUUCCUAUGGUGACCUCUGAAUUGUACCCAUCACAGCUGAAGAAGGGGAACAAGGAACCCAACCCCAUGGUACAACUGUCAAUUCAGGAUGUGACUCAGGAAAGCAAGGCUGUCUACAGUACCAACUGCCCGGUGUGGGAGGAAGCAUUCCGGUUCUUCCUACAAGACCCUCAAAGCCAGGAGCUCGAUGUGCAAGUGAAGGAUGAUUCCAGGGCCCUGACUUUAGGAGCACUGACACUGCCUCUGGCCCGCCUGCUGACUGCCCCAGAACUCACCCUGGACCAGUGGUUCCAGCUUAGCAGCUCUGGCCCAAACUCCAGACUCUACAUUAAACUAGUCAUGAGGAUCCUGUACUUGGAUUCAUCAGAAAUAUGCUUCCCCACUGUGCCUGGUAGUCCUGGUGCUUGGGACGUGGACAGUGAGAGUCCCCAGAGAGGCAGCAGUGUGGAUGCCCCACCUCGACCCUGUCACACUACUCCUGAUAGCCAGUUUGGGACUGAGCAUGUGCUUCGGAUCCAUGUAUUAGAGGCCCAGGACCUGAUUGCCAAAGACCGUUUCUUGGGGGGACUGGUGAAGGGCAAGUCAGACCCCUAUGUCAAACUAAAGCUGGCAGGACGAAGCUUCCGGAGCCAUGUUGUUCGGGAAGAUCUCAAUCCCCGCUGGAAUGAGGUUUUUGAGGUGAUUGUCACAUCAGUUCCAGGCCAAGAGCUAGAGGUUGAAGUCUUUGACAAGGACUUGGACAAGGAUGAUUUUCUGGGCAGGUGUAAAGUGAGUCUCACCACAGUCUUAAACAGUGGCUUCCUUGAUGAGUGGCUGACCCUGGAGGAUGUCCCAUCUGGCCGCCUGCACUUGCGCCUGGAGCGUCUCACCCCCCGUCCCACUGCUGCUGAGUUAGAGGAGGUGCUGCAGGUGAAUAGUUUGAUCCAGACUCAGAAGAGUGCGGAGCUGGCCGCGGCCCUGCUAUCCGUCUAUAUGGAGCGGGCAGAGGACCUGCCGCUGCGAAAAGGCACCAAGCCCCCCAACCCUUAUGCUACUCUCACUGUGGGAGAUACUUCUCAUAAAACCAAGACUGUUUCACAAACUUCAGCCCCUGUCUGGGAUGAGAGUGCCUCCUUUCUCAUCAGGAAACCACACAUUGAGAGCCUGGAGUUGCAGGUUCGGGGUGAGGGCACUGGCCUGCUGGGCUCAUUAUCCCUGCCCCUCUCAGAGCUCCUCGUGGCUGACCAGCUCUGCUUGGACCGCUGGUUUACACUCAGCAGUGGUCAGGGGCAGGUGCUACUGAGAGCACAGCUAGGGAUCCUGGUGUCCCAGCACUCAGGAGUGGAAGCUCAUAGCCACAGCUACAGCCACAGCUCCUCAUCCCUGAGUGAAGAACCAGAGCUCUGGGGGGGACCCCCUCACAUCACCUCCUCAGCCCCAGAGCUCCGGCAGCGCCUCACACAUGUUGACAGUCCCCUUGAAGCUCCAGCCGGGCCUCUGGGCCAGGUGAAACUGACUGUGUGGUACUACAGUGAAGAACGAAAGCUGGUCAGCAUUGUUCAUGGUUGCCGGGCCCUUCGACAGAACGGACGCGAUCCUCCCGAUCCCUAUGUGUCCCUGUUGCUGCUGCCAGACAAGAACCGAGGCACCAAGAGGAAGACCUCCCAGAAGAAGCGGACCCUGAGUCCCGAAUUUAAUGAACGGUUUGAGUGGGAACUCCCCCUGGAUGAGGCCCUGAGACGAAAGCUGGAUGUCUCUGUCAAGUCUAAUUCCUCCUUCAUGUCAAGAGAGCGUGAGCUGCUGGGGAAGGUAAGAGGGCAGGAUGGCAGGGCAGAGGUGAGGGCUGGAAGCUGCUGGUACCAAGGUUAUAGUCCCUGUGAGGAAGGAAGUACCCCAGGUGAUCCUUUAGAGGUGACUCUGUCACCUCUGCAAUGGUUUGCGACGAGUAUGUGAUGAAGGAGUAAGGUCUUUGGAGAUUUCAAAACGGCAUCAUCAGAAUGAGAUCCUGUCUCAAAAAGAUAACAUCUUUCCCCCACCAUCCUCCAACACAGGUGCAGUUGGACCUAGCUGAGACAGACCUUUCCCAGGGUGUAGCCCGGUGGUGAGUGUCUGCGUGGGUGGGGGUGGUCUGGAUAUUUCAGUGGGAGAAAUUCCAAUCAUAGGAAAGGAAAAAAAGAUACAAUCUGAGCAGAGAACCAUUGAUUCUAUGAAGUAGAGAAGCCCUUGGAUCGUGUGUCAUUUAUAAAUAAGAUGACACAAGAGUCAUCUUUCUAUAUGAGCCCUCUCGUUUUCACAGGUAUGACCUGAUGGACGACAAGGACAAGGGCAGCUCCUAGGAGCUGGCGAGUCCCAGCCUGACUCUGCUCUGUCUUCCUGCCUUCGUCUCGCUCUGUCACCGCCUCAAUGUGAUGAGCCCAAAGCUAGGGUCCAAGGGCAGAGCCUGUGCCCUUCAGCCCUUUCACCUAACAGGCCCAUAUUCGGGCCUUUGACCAAAGAGAAGAACCGUAUGUUCCCUUUACUGCACGGCCUUUAUCCUUCUGGGCCCCUGGGGUGUGGACCUGAGCUGGCUGUUUCCUGCUCUGCCUGCACAUUGUUCUCCCUUCCUCCCAACUCCUCAGGGCCUCCAGUAUCUGUGCCUGGCCACUGGCAGCACUAGCAGUGGUAUUAGCUUAUGCCAAAUACAGCUUUGAAAGGAUCUUUGUUUCUUUAACUAGAUGGUCACCUUCUUCUGUACCACACAUGGGUGGGAAGGUGGACAGGCUAACCUCUCCAGCUGUGAGUCUCUUAGACUACUGCAUGUAGCAAAUGUUCAGCAGCUCAGGCCCCCAUGUCCAGUUCUGUCCCCACUCUUCUCAACCCUGUCCUGAAAAUUCUACUGCUCUGAUGGCUGGGGCCAGUCUCUUGUCACUUUGGAAGCUGGGGACACUUGGAUUCUACCCAAGCCUCCAAGUAGUGGCAUAUCAGUUUUGGAGCUCCUAGCUGGUGAUACACAGAGGGCUUUGGAGGACUUGGGACAGCUGGGCCAAUUUUUUUUGCCCAAGUGCCUAGGCUGCUAACUCACUGACUAGAACUGAAUCUGGUACUCUUUAGUUUUGCACCAACUCUGCCAAGCCACUGUAUCUUACAUUAAACAUCAUACUUAAACCA